AUGGCCUCCUCCAACGCCGACAACAAAAGAUCGCAAGGGCACCACGAGCCGCAGACGUUUGAGACAGUCGAUGUCUAUCACGGCAUCAACUUCGAAAAACUCUUCUACCGCGACGUAGAGCCGGAAUAUGACGACCUGUUUUUCAAGAUCAUGGAAGCCUUCGACGGUUUGUCAGAAGAAACUUUGAAGGACAGGACGCAGGAGGUCGUGACUGAAGCACAAAAAGCACACGUUGCCUACAUUGAACGUGUGAAGAAUGAAGUCGAGCCUGGCCAGCGAAUAGAGAUGUGGGCCUUCUGGGACUUUUAUGUGCUCACGGUCAGCUGCGUGCCAUAUCGACACAUUGGGCAGCGACUGCUCACCGACGUUGUGCUGGAACUCGAGAGGAUCGGGCAGACUGAGAACCCGCAGUGGAAGGACUUGCCUGAGUUCGGACAGACGCUGAGGGAAAACUUCAACGAUCCUACAGACGACGACAUUACCGGCGAUGAAAUGUACACCUUGGAGCAGUGGCUUAGUUUCAAUUCGUGGCUUGCGCGCCUCGUUGGGAGCGGGCCGCAGCGAGGAAUGAACCUGGUGUUGUGGUCGGUAGCUUUCGGUCUCGAGGAGGAUCUGGAGCAGCUCGAACUUGAUCUGGCCAGGGUGAGAGAAGAACGGAAGGAGAUGAUUGAGAAGAAUCUGAAAAGAAAGAAGGAGCUAAGAGCUAAGAGGGAGCUCAUAUGGAGGGAGGAAAACAGGCCGGAGGGGGGCCCUUCGAGUUCCGUGGCUAAUCAGCCGAUACACGAAGACGAACUCGCUGGCGCGCAGCCGAGUGCAAAGUCAGAAGGCUUAGAUGAGGCAUCUGCGAAGAUUGGGGACAAUGCGGCGGCAGGUGGGAAGACGCUGUGUCCCGAAGCGGUAACGAGGGUUGUCGUCGCCGCGGAGUUCUUCAUCCAAGCGGCACCAACAUUGCUUCAGGAAAGCCUUGUCUGGCACACUCGCGGCCCUUUCGAUGACUCAAUCCAGAGGGUCUUCCGGGCGGGACCGUUGUUUCCAGGCACUUUUGGGUUCAAUCUUGAGAGGUGGGGUUUCUGGAAACGACGGCUGGGGGAGUUGAGGAGUCUACUUGGAGAUGAGGAGGUGGAGAAGAAUGUGGACGAAGCGUUGGGAAAGAUGAGUGCCGUUGAAGUGUCCAUAGCUAGACAUCUGUAG